GGACGGCGAGUAUGAUCUGGUGCCCCGAGACAUGGCUUACAUCUUCAGUGGUGCUUACGUGCCCCUGAGCUGCCGAAUCAUUGAGCAGGUGCUAGAGCGGCGAAGCUGGCAGGGCCUUGAUGAGGUGGUACGGCUGCUCAACUGUGGUGACUUUGCAUUCACAGACAUGACCAGGGAAGACAAGGCUUCCAGUGAGUCCCUGCGCCUCAUCUUGGUGGUGUCCUUGGGCGGUUGCACAUUCUCUGAGAUCUCAGCCCUCCGGUUCCUGGGCAGAGAGCAAGUGCAUGGCUUUCUACAUCCGGAGAAGAUUCGCACCUAAGAUCAGUUCCAAGGUUCGCUUCCUGGAUGGGCGAGGGAAAUUAGGCGCUAACUCUCCUAUUUACCCCCGCCGGCUGCCGGCAGGCGGGACUCAGGGAAGCCAGGCGGCCCCUGCGCUCUGAACUCCCUCCCCGCCCGCGCCCAUCGGAUCCAAACGGCUCGGGGCGAGGCAGCGCUCAGACAACGUAGCUGGCUCCGGAGGGGAGUCCCUUGAGGCUGAGGCCACGCCCCGCCACGCACAGAUAGUGACGUCAUCCCCCGCUGCCGCUCCGACGCUUUCCAGGCCCGACUCGCGAGGCUCCGCCCCGACUGCGCCCUCGCGAGCCGCAGCCCGAGGGGCGGGGCUUUUCGAGGAGCGACAGGACGCGAAGCCAAUCGCGGCGAGGCUUUGCGCCCGUGGCGCGAUUUGAAAUUUUGCGGUGCUCAACGGCUGUCGUAGCGCCUACCCGGAGUGAGAUCGUCGGUGUUUGCGGGUGGUUGCUGCGCUCGGGGCCGUGUGGAGUAGGUCUGGACCCGGAAUCACGGCUGCUUGGAGCGUCGCCAUGAGGAGAAGUGAGGUGCUGGCGGAGGAGUCCAUAGUAUGUCUGCAGAAAGCCCUAAAUCACCUUCGGGAAAUAUGGGAGCUAAUUGGGAUUCCAGAGGACCAGCGGUUACAAAGAACUGAGGUGGUAAAGAAGCAUAUCAAGGAACUCCUGGAUAUGAUGAUUGCUGAAGAGGAAAGCCUGAAGGAAAGACUCAUCAAAAGCAUAUCCGUCUGUCAAAAAGAGCUGAACACUCUGUGCACCGAGUUAGGCGUCGAGCCAUUUCAGGAAGAAGGAGAGACGACCACCUUGCAACUAGAAAAAGAUUUGCGCACGCAGGUGGAAUUGAUGCGAAAACAGAAAAAGGAGAGAAAACAGGAACUGAAGCUGCUUGAACAACAAGAUCAAGAACUGUGUGAAAUUCUUUGUAUGCCCCACUACGAUAUUGAUAGCACCUCAGUGCCCAGCUUAGAAGAGCUGAACCAGUUCAGGCAACAUGUGGCAACUUUGAGGGAAACAAAGGCUUCUAGGCGUGCGGAGUUUGUCAGUAUAAAGAGACAGAUCAUACUGUGUAUGGAGGAAUUAGACCACACCCCAGACACAAGCUUCGAAAGAGAUGUGGUGUGUGAAGACGAAGAUGCCUUUUGCUUGUCUUUGGAGAAUAUUGCAACACUACAGAAGUUACUACAGCAGCUGGAAAUGCAGAAAUCACAAAAUGAAGCAGUGUGUGAGGGUCUGCGCACUCAAAUCCGAGAGCUCUGGGACAGGCUGCAAAUACCUGAAGAAGAGAGAGAAGCUGUGGCCACCAUUAUGUCUGGGUCAAAGGCCAAGGUUCGGAAAGCGCUGCAAUUAGAAGUGGAUCGGUUGGAAGAACGAAAAAUGCAAAACCUGAAGAAACUGAUUGAGGCAACUCGAGUGGAGCUGGCUCAGCACUGGGACCAGUGCUUUUACAGCCAGGAGCAGAGACAAGCCUUUGCCCCUUUCCAUACUGAGGAAUACACAGAAAAUCUGCUCCAACUCCAUGAUGCUGAGAUUGUGCGGUUAAGAAACUAUUAUGAAGCUCACAGGGAACUCUUUGAAGAUGUCCGGAAGUGGGAAGAAAGCUGGAGGCUUUUCUUAGAGUUUGAGAGAAAAGCUUCAGAUCCGAAUCGAUUUACCAAUCGGGGAGGAAACCUUCUAAAAGAAGAAAAACAACGAGCCAAGCUCCAGAAAACGCUGCCUAAGCUGGAAGAGGAGUUGAAGGCACAGACUGAACUGUGGGAACAGGAACAUUCAAAGGCAUUUCUGGUAAAUGGGCAGAAAUUUACGGAGUAUGUGGCAGAACAAUGGGAGAUGCGUCAACUGGAGAGAGAGAGAGACAGACAGGAAAGACAACUCAAGAACAAAAAGCAGACAGAAACAGAGAUGCUGUAUGGCAGUGCUCCCCGAACACCCAGCAAGCGGCGGGGACUGACUCCCAACACACCGGGCAAAGCACGAAAGGUAAACGCAAGGCCUAGGGAAGUGCUGAUUUCAAGGGAGUGGAUGAUACGUGGAUCUCUUUCUCUGCAGCCAGUCGCUACUUCCACCUCUUCAGGGAAGAAAAUGCCCCCUGCCAGCAGGCAUGGAGCUAACAAGGAGAACCUGGACCUCAACGGCAGCAUCCUGACUGGUGGGUACCCCGGCUCGGCCCCCGUCCAGCGCAACUUCAGCAUUAACUCUGUUGCCAGCACCUAUUCUGAGUUUGCGAAGGAUCCGUCCCUCUCUGACAGUUCCACUGUUGGGCUUCAGCGAGAACUUUCAAAGGCUUCCAAAUCUGACGCUACUUCUGGAAUCCUCAAUUCAACCAACAUCCAGUCCUAAGGCCCUGAGCAGUCAACCAGCUGUGGCUUCCUGUGCCUAGACUGGACCUCAUUUUAUGGGGGAGGCUUUAGUUUUUCUUGAGCUUAGGUGUGCUCAAAACCCUAGCCUUGGACAGGCUCCAUGACCAUGGGCCUAUUAGAGAUAUAAAGAGUGUUACAGAUGAACGUCCACCACAGGUUUAGUGGUCCUAGGAGACUUAGUUUUGACUUUAAAAGUUUAUGGCAGAAAGUACAAAUUUUAGCAUGUGGGGCCUGACUUCUUUACCACAUAAUAAUUCUACUUCCUGAAGUGUGAUCAAAAGCUUGUUUUAUUUCACCACUGUGUAGGAAAAUUAACUGUGCCCAUCCCUAGGGUAAUUUUGGCUUGUGUACUUAUAAUGAGUAUUAACAUCUUUUUUGUUUAGGGAUGUUCAAUUAAUGCUGUAGCUAUCAGCUUUGCUCUUACCUGAAAGCUUGUCCCCAUCACACAGGACAGCCUUCCUCCUGAUGAGAAUGGCCGUGUGUGUCCAAAGUUGAGAUGGCCUGCCCUACUACUGCCAAAGAGGUGACAGGAAGGUGGGAGCUGCCUUGUUAGAUUGUGUUCAGUUCUGUUGCGCAGUGCAACGCCCUUUGUUGGCGGUAUGUAUGUGUGAACACACGUGCUCGUUGGAACUCUCCUCAGCAUUUGUCCCUGGCUCCAGUCUCCCCAUUCCUGUGCCUGCUAUGCCUGAGUUCUUCUACCCCUGCAGUUGCCAGCCACAUCGGGAGGCUGGCUGUUCCGAUGGGUUGGGCUAUCUUUGUCAUCGAGAUCUGGAACUUUGCACAUGUCACUACGAGGGAGUUGUUUCUACUCUAGCAUCUACGAUGAGGUGCCCUCUUUACCAACCCUCUCAGUCACUACUCUUCCUGAAGCACUAUUAUUUAUUCUUCCUCUGUCUGCCUGAACCAGUACUACUGUCAACAUAGUGUAAAUGGUUCUCAAAAGCUUACCAGUGUGGACUUGGUCGGUCACAGCCAUGCUGUUUACUCAUACGUGUAUGUGUCCUGUUUUUAAAAUAUAAAAUUAUUCUUAAAAAUAAAUUGUAAGUAUAC